AAUAGAUUAAUAUUUCUUUCUUUUUCCUUUUUGCUUCAUCUCUACUUCCAUGACUGAAAAAGAAAAUAAAAGCAGUUUCUUCAGUCGAGCCGUCCUGUCGACAGUGAGUUCAGGCUUGACGUCUUUUUCUCAAACACUUCAAACGAAGAGUUUACCGGAUUUAAAUAAGCAGCUCAAUAAAUUACAGCAACAGGCCAAGGAAUUACCAAAACGAUUAGGUAGCCUCCAACAGGAAUUCGAGACUGAGAGGACAUCGUUUUUGCUGAAUAAGCAAAAGCAAGAGAACGUUGUGUCAAGCCAAGCUAAAGGGGCAGUACCUGUUGCUCCAUGGGUUGGAUACAAAGGAUACGAAAGGCAAAUGAAGGCAGCUAUUAUGGAAAUACCCAAGGAAAAAAGGAACUUUCUGGUUCCUCCCCCUGAUGAAACAAAUGUCCAAUUUGAUUUUAAUGCCUACAGUCUGACAGCUCAUGCUGCUUUACAAGAAGAUCAAGAGUUAUCACGUAUGCGAUUCUCGCUUGUACCACAGCAUGUCAACGAAGAAACGUUCUGGAGAAACUAUUUUUAUAGAGUUACUCUCAUCAAGCAAGAGAUUCUAAGCCAGCCUCCAGAAGAAGAGAAGGAUCAUGGUGAAACUGUGUUGUUUAGUUUUCAAGAUAAUGAUGAUAAUAAUUCUAGCUGUGAAGACUCUGAAAAUGAAAAGGAUCACCAAGGAGAUAAAUUGUUGACACAUGACAAAAAAGAAGACAAGCCAUCUGAAGAAAGGAAGCAUAUAGACGAGAAAGAGUAUGAAGGCAUGGAGGACUGGGAAAUAGAGUUAAGGAAAGCAGCUAUUUAGAAUUUAUUUAUUUAAACAAGAAUUAUACGCUAUAUUCUCGACUGAAAUACGAUUCAGCUACCAUGGAAGCAGAUGAUACCAGCUCUUGAUUAUGUAUCUGGGCUUGAGUUAAUGUGUGGUGUACCUUUUUCAUUUGUAUAUAAUCAUUAAAAUAUAGUCGUAGCCUUUUGCUUCCUCUGAUUUACCUCCUGCUUUACAAUUUCACAAAGGGCUCUCCUUGUAUCAUCAUUA